CGCCAGAGGGCGCAGUGUGUUUUUCCAUUUACACCCGCCGUGCUGCUGCGCGCAUUGAGAUGCUCCGACUGCCCGGCGGUGGAGAGAGUCUCAUUUCAGAAUGACACGAAUCGAACCGAUGCACGAAACCCCUCCGGUUUAAACAAAAGGUGGGCCGGCAGGAUGGGGGAAGGGCCUGCAGUCAGGCCUUCGGCUGCUAUUACACCCGUGCAGCAGAUGCUGGCGUCUGGCACUGGGGCUGUACUAACAUCUCUUUUUGUCACACCAUUGGAUGUAGUAAAGAUCAGACUUCAAGCCCAGCAAACUCCCCUCUAUCAAGCUGUAGCAUCAGAGUCAAGGCCCUGGGCUGGGGUCAUCCGCCCUUCAAAAUGGAAAUGCUUCCUCUAUUGUAACGGGUUGAUGGACCACAUCUAUGUGUGUCAGAAUAUGUCAAGCUGCUCCAGCUGGUACAAAACCCCUACCCACUUCAGCGGGACCGUGGAUGCAUUUGUAAAGAUCACUCGGAAUGAGGGGCUCAGGUCUUUGUGGAGCGGACUUCCUCCCACACUGGUGAUGGCAGUUCCUGCCACAGUCAUCUAUUUCACCUGUUACGACCAGCUGCGAGACUUCCUGCAUUAUGGCAUGGGCUAUCAGGGAGACCAUAUCCCCCUCAUAGCAGGAGGGUUAGCAAGAUUGGGAGCGGUGUCUGUGAUCAGCCCACUGGAGUUGGUUCGGACUAAGAUGCAGUCCCGCAAGCUACCGUACAGCGAGCUGAUGGUGUGUAUUCGCUCGGCUGUGGCUCAGGACGGCUGGUUAUCUCUGUGGAGAGGCUGGGGACCCACUGUCCUACGGGACGUGCCCUUUUCCGCCCUGUACUGGUUUAACUAUGAGCUAGUGAAGGCACAGCUGUGUGAGCGGUACAGGGCACCACAGACCUCAUUCACCAUCAGUUUUACAGCAGGGGCCGUCUCAGGAGCUAUCGCUGCAAUUCUGACCCUUCCGUUUGACGUGGUGAAAACACGCAGGCAAAUCCAGUUAGGAGAAAUGGAGGCUCUCGGAGCAGUCUCUGUGAAGAAACCGUCCUCCACAUGGAACAUGAUGAGGAAUAUCUGGAUUGACAUGGGAUACAGGGGUUUGUUUGCAGGUUUUCUUCCAAGAGUGAUCAAAGUUGCUCCGGCCUGUGCAGUCAUGAUCAGCACUUAUGAGUUCGGCAAGACUUUCUUUCAAGAGCGUAAUCUGAAUCAGGCAAGAUGUGGACUUUGAGAUGAACCAGAGGUUGGUCCAGGAUAAUGAGGAAGCUGAGAAACUCUUCCUUGCCAACUACUGCAAUCACUGAUGACUUUAGCCAAGCGUUGAGUUAGUUCUCUGAAAAAAACUCUAAUUGUUGGGUGAUGUGCCUACCGACUGGCACAAGGACUCAAAAGCUGUGAGACUUAAACCACUACUUUGCAUCUGAGACGGACUUGUGUUACGACUCAUCAAUAAAUGCACAGUUUCCCCACAAACCCUGUGAUGCCUUAAGGAACAAUACCAAAGCAUGCUGGCAGAAACACUACCUCCCCAUAAUGCCCCACUUAUUGAAAUGGCUGCCGCUGAACGUGACAUCCAGGUUGUAUCUGCAAUGCAUGACUUGAGUUCCUUUUAUUAAAGACACAGUGCUGCCCUCUGCUGUUCAUGUUGAAGAAACCUGAAUGGAUAAACUACUCAAUACUGAGCUGUACUGUGUCUUCAUUUUCAGCAGGGGAAAAAAAAAUCGAAAGUGAUUAUUAUUUUAUUUAACUGUUUUCUUUUUUGCAAAUAUUUAAUUCUCCUAAAGUAUAAGACCUGUCCCUUGUAUGGGCACUGGACUUGGGAAAAGCCACAAGAACAUUUUUUUUUUUUUUUUUUUUAAAGUUUUGUUUCAUGCAUUGAGAAUGUAAUGUAUCCUUUUUUUUAAGUAAGGAUUGUUCAAGUGUGUAGUGGAUGGGUCUCUGGUCUUGUCCUGUUAGCUACAUCUGUUCACUGCAUUUAGUUCAGACAUUGAACUGCUGUAAAACUUACUGCUGACUUGAAAUUAGACAGUUCUCAGAUUUUAUUUAAUAAAAGACCUUUAAAAAAACUCAUCUUAAAAGUUUAAUUUUGAGACAAUGUGUAUUACUGCACUAUACAUGAAGCAUACUACAUAAAUUAGUCGUAGAUUGCAUUUUUAAGUUAAUGUGAGAGAAACUAUCUAUGAAAUUACUGAAUAUGUCUAAGAUGGAUAUGUCACAACAGCAGAUAUCUGGCAUUUUGAAUGUUUCUUUAUUAUGAGAGUGAAUGGUGACCAAAGCUUUUACUGGUCCCCAUCCACUUCAAUUGUAUGAAAAAAAAACAAAAAAAAAACAUGGACAUUCUGUUGAAUAUUUUCUAUUGUGUUACGCCCUAGAUAGACAGACACGCAGGGCUGGACCAACAUGAGGGUGAAUAAAUGAUAAAAAUUUAAUUUUUGGGGGGAGGAGUAAACUUGGUAGUUUUUGUUUGUUCGUUUGCUUGUUUUUAUAUGAUUACAUUUGUGUGAUGUUUAAUUUGUUUAUAGAUAUUUUAUAGCACACUUGAAAGCAAGAAACAAUUAAAUCAGUAUUUUAUAAACAUCA